CUAUUUCUCUCUUCCUCCCACCUCCCUCAAAAUUCCUUUUAGCAGAAACACCUGUCUGCAACACCAUCGGUCUUCUAUGCUUUCUUGGAGAACUCAUUUACAGAGAGAUUCAUGGACCUUGAGGAGUGACUUUAGAUGAAGAAAGCUCUUCAGAGGCUGGAUGAUCUUCGUGACAUUUGAACAGUUCAAUGGAGACCUUGAGAGUGGAGGUGAACAUGUCUGUGGAUGAAGGGGCAGCAAAGGCCCCAGGAUUGCAGAAGGGAGAGCACAACACCCCCAACGUCAAAUUGUGGACAGAUCUGGGGGGAACAAAAGCCCCACAGCUUGUAUGCAUCAAGGGGAUUGGAGAAUCACAAGCUACGGUUUAUCCACGGCAGGUGAAACAUGAACCAGAAGAGGAGCUUCAGGAACGCUGGGAAGCCCAGUGGCAGGAGUUCCUCAAGACAUUGCAGGCCCCUCACUCAGGAUGGGGGAAUCAUCAGGUAUCAGAGGGACCCUCCCCAUGGGAGGAUGCUAAGGCCUUCUUGGCCUCCUUUGAGCAAGUAGCCUCCUCCUGCCGGUGGCCUCUGGACAAGUGGGUGACUCUGCUCUUGCCGGCCCUCAGCGGAGAGGCCCAGCAGGCCUUCAACAGCCUCAGUGCCCAGGACAGGGGAGACUACGGGAAGGUGAAGGCGGCCAUCUUGGAAGGGGAAGCCACUGCGAGGGAGAAGCAGCGCCAGCACUUCAGGCAGUUCUGCUACCAGGAAGUGGAGGGGCCCAGAGGCGUUUACGGCCGGCUGAGGGAACUUUGCUGCCAGUGGCUGAGAGCGGAGAGACACACCAAGGAGGAGAUCUUGGAGCUGCUGAUCCUGGAGCAGUUCCUGACCAUCCUGCCCCAGGAAAUGCAAAGCUGGGUGAGGGAAAAGGGCCCAGAGACCUGUGCCCAGGCGGUGGUUCUGGCAGAGAAUUUCCUGCUACAGCAGAACACGGUGAAACAGGAAGGAGAGGGGCUGUGGCCCUUGGGUGUGGGACUGGCUGUGAAUCCCUCGGAGGCAGGCUUGGUUCCACCACCAGAGGCCUGGGAAAGGCAGUCAUUCAAGGAGCUCAAGCAGGAGCAAGAUGAAGAGGCAAGCUUGUUUGGUGACGGGCCGGUAUAUGAGAACCAACUUGAUAAUCUUCAGCAGGGUGAUUCUGAGGAACCAGCAGAUGCAUCACUGCAAGGAGAUGACAUCUUCCAUUAUUGCAAAGAGGGAAAAAGCCUUGGGAGUCAGGAGGGACUGGAGAGCAAGUGGACAACCAAACCUGAGAAGUGCUCAGAUGAAGCCGUUCCUGUCCAUGAAGAUCAGGAGGAAACUGGAGCCCACCCCAAAAUCCACCACUGUCAUUGUGGAAAAAGUUUCCGUUGGAGCUCGAAUUUCAGGGUCCAUGAGAGAAUCCACACUGGAGAGAAGCCAUAUAAAUGUGCCGAAUGUGGGAUGAGUUUCCGUAAAUCUGCACAGCUCAAGGCCCACGAGGGAAUCCACACUGGGGAGGUGCCCUUCCGGUGUUCCAUGUGCCAGAAGAGUUUUACAAGUGGCUCAAACCUCGUUGCCCACGAGAGGAUUCACACUGGAGAGAAACCGUACAGGUGUACGCACUGCGAGAAAAGUUUCCGCCAGAAAGGCACCCUCACGACACACGAGAAAAUCCACAUUGGAGAGAAACCUUUCAAAUGCUCGAUCUGCGGGAAGAGUUUCCGUCAGAAGGGCACGUUGACGACGCACGAAAAGAUCCACCUGGGACAGAAGCCAUAUAAGUGCUCCGAGUGCGGGAAGAACUUCCGGACCUCUGCGGACCUGAGGGUCCAUGAAAGGAUUCACACUGGAGUGAAACCAUAUCAGUGUGCCGUGUGCCAGAAGAGUUUCACCGACGGCUCAAACCUCAUUACCCACGAGCGAAUCCACACGGGAGUGAAACCAUAUCGGUGUGGGCGCUGUGGGAAGAGCUUCUGUCAGAAGUCAGGCCUUAUGACACACGAACGAGUUCACACUGGGGUCCUCCCUUACAAGCGCCCGGCUUGUCGGAAGGGUUUGGCCGGUGGCGCAAGUGGAAGUUCGUAUCAGGAAACGAAUCCCAGAGACAAAUUGCAUAUGAGUGCUGAUUGUGGGGAGGGCUUCAGUGACAUAGGGCAUGUGAGGAGAGAAGAGCCAAACAUCAGAGAACAGCCGUAUGGGCUAUUGGAAAAGAGUGCAGAUGGAGCAUCGUCCUUCUGACACUAGAGAGAAUCCAGAACGCAGGGAAGCCAUUUGUGUUGACAGGGGUGGGGAACCUGUGGCCCUGCAGAUACUGCUGAACUACAAAUCCCAUCAUCCGUGCUAACUGGGUGUGGUGGGAGUUGGAGUCCUGCAACAUCCAAAGGACCACAGGUUCCUCACUACUAUGUUAAGGCUUUGGUAAAGGGUUAGGUCAGCCUUCCCAACCCAGCACUCUGUAGAUUAAACUCCAUUCAGCCCCAGCAACCAUGGGCAAGAGUUGGGGAUGAUGGGAGUUGUGAUCCAAGAACUUAUAGAGGGUACCAGGCUGUGGAGGCCUGGCCAGUAAGGCAGGGGUGGGAAACCUGUGGCCAUUUAGAUGGUGCUAGACUACAGACUUCCCUCUGCCCCAGCCAAUAGUCAGAGGUGGCCUGGAGAGCCUUCCUGCCACAAGUAUUUGGAGCUUGGCUAUGAGGUAAGUUGCAUCAGUGCUCUGACUUUGGAAGAAGCUCCCAAUGGACAGCUGAUGCUGAGGAAGCCUGAAGAUGAGUAUCUGAUCUUCAUAAAACUCACAGUGAAUCCCCAAAGAUUUGGAGCCCUUAAACCCACACAGAGUGGAUCUGCUUUAAUCAGACUACAGAAUUUGCUGAAUGUUUACACAAGAGAGGAACUUUGAUAUUAAAGAAAGUGAUUAAAGUUCAGUGAGAUGCUUGCAUGCUAGUGAUAGGACUAUGUAGGACCGGGAAGAAGCGUUGACAGUAACUAGCAUUUUCAAGUUUCCAAUUCAUGUAUUAUUGUCUUAAUAAGGAAUUGUGUGCAAUGAACUUCUCUCUGCCUGUCUUGGCUUGGGGUGGGGGGCGAGGAUCCCUUCCACCAGGAGCCCAUGUAGGUGGUAGGAGCCGGAGAGCACUUACAUCCACCCAGCCACAGACUGGACCUGAAUUGGGAACAAUACCCAUGGAGGCUGCCCAGUUAAGGCAAAUGGAGCCCACCAGCCUCAGUUUGCCCUCAUCCAGCCGUCACCAACCCACCUUCCUUAUUACAGCCAGUCCAGUGGAUAGCCCUGGCUGUCAGCACUCUCCUCCUCAGUUUCAGUGUUGUGAAUCUAGAACUCAGCAAGGAGGAGGACAAAGCAAAGCUAGAAUUACCGGUAAUUGGCUGGGCCAGUCAUUGUCUCUGGUGCCACCUAGUGUUGGGCUCCCUGCUUCCUGCUGCACCAGUCCCAAUGAAUGCCAGCCACUACCAACCAGUAUUUAUAAACUUUUUUUCAUAACCUAUUAGGAUUUAGGGGUGAGCACCAUAGCUGUCAACUUUUCCCUUUUCUUGCGAGGAAUCCUAUUCUGAAUAAGGGAAUUUCCCUUAAAAAAAGGGAACAGUUGACAGCUAUGUUGAGCACUGAGGUGGCAAAUUUCGCUGAUAAAUUGUUUAGGGUGUUUAAAAACAGAAAGGGACUGUGAAGAGCUUGAAAAUUAUUGAUCCAAACUGGGAUCAAUUUACACUGAUGGGAUCUGAGCUGUCGAUGACUGGCAAGGAAUGGGACCUGGAGGUUGUGGUGGAAAGUGCAACGAAAAUGCCAACCUAGAGUGAAAAAAAGGCAAAUUCUAUGCUAGGAAUAAUUAGGAAAGGAACUGAAAAUAAAACUGCCAAUGUUGUUAUACAAAUCUAUGAGGGAAAAGGUUCAGAAAAGCAAAACCAAAGUGAUCAAGGGGGUGGAGGAUAGGUUAUGAUGUUUGGGUCUUUUUCGUUUAGAAAAAAAGGCCCUGGGGGGAGCGCAAUAGUGGUAUAUAAAAUUAUGCACAUUGUGGAUAGAGAGAAUUUAUCUCCCUCUCUCAUAAUAUGAGAACUCAUAGUCAUCCAAAGAAGCUGAAUGUUGGAAGAUUAAGGAGUGGCAAAAGGGUUAAGUUCUUCACUAACUUGUACUGCUUUAAAAGGUGGGUUGAAUUCAUGGAGGAUAAGCCUGUCAGUGGCUUAACCAGUCAUGAUGGCUGUUUGGUACCUCUAGAAUCUGAGAGGUAUAUGUCAGUGAAUACCUGUUGCCGAGGGAACAAGAGUGAGAGGCGCCUGAUUGGCCACUGUGGGAAAUAGAAUGUUGGACUAUAUUGAGCUGGCAAAGGCUCUUAUGUUCUUAACCCAUUCAACCCGUACCCAGCCCUGAAUUUCUGGCAACAAUGGUGCAUUCCGUAUGCUGUAUAUGGAAAUGAUGUGUGUUAUUUCCUUGUGUUUAAAACUUUUAAAAAAUAAAUAUGGCCCAUUCUCAAGCUGAA